AAUUAUCAGCUGUGUACACUGAUGAUCAUGGACCAGUUCGGUAAUGGGCAGGCUGUGCAGCACUCUGUGAUCGAAAGAAAUGCAGACUGGCACAUGGUGAAAGCUGUGGAGCAUUUUCAGUCUGUAAACGAUUGGGAAAUGACAAAAGUGAUUAUGGUGGACAAGGACCUCAAUGAGAUCGAGGUGUUGAAGAGCAUGUUUCCGAACGCACGGAUUCUCCUGUGCCAUUUCCACGUGAUCAAGUGGCUUCGCACCGCAGUC